CCUUCUGUGUUCUUGCUUGUAGGUUGCCUCUCCCUCCUGGUGACAGUGCAGGAUCUUGAGCGUUACACCACCUUAUUUGCCACUGUUGUCCUCAAGUGUGACUACAGCACCUCAGCUCAGCUGCAGGACGUGGUGGUGACCUGGCGCUUCAAAUCCUUCUGCAAGGACCCCAUCUUUGACUACUACUCAGCCUCAUACCAGGCUGGUUUAGCUCUUGGCCAGGACCCAUCUGACGACUGCAAUGACAGCCAGCGAAGGGUGCGCAUUGUCAUCCAGAAGUCUGGGCAGAAGGAGCCUGUGCUGGGUAUCGACUACCAGCAACGAAAGAUCACCAUUCAGAACCGAGCAGACCUUGUCAUCAGUGAGGUCAUGUGGUGGGACCAUGGCGUGUACUACUGCACUGUGGAAGCACCAGGAGAUACCUCAGGUGACGCGGACAAAGAAGUUAAGCUGAUUGUUCUCCACUGGCUCACAGUACUCCUCAUCGUUCUCGGUAGCCUCCUCCUCCUUCUGCUGAUUGGAGUAUGCUGGUGCCAGUGCUGCCCCCAGUAUUGCUGCUGCCACAUCCCAUGUGUCUGCUGCCCCACCCGGUGCUGCUGCAACGAGGAAGUACUGGAACGGCAUCGGUUCAUGAAGCAGGCUCAGGCGUUUGCACCUUGGAUGGCACCCAACAUGUUCUAUGGAGGUGGCGAUAGGAACUCACAACUUUCCUCUUACCAGCUGAACCCUCUACUGCAACAAGACGUGUCUCUGCAGAACAGUCUUCCACUGAUGCAGCCACAAGCUCAGUUUUCCCCUAACAAGGGUGUUUUGGAUUAUCUGGAGUCUGAAAUCCAAAACAUGAACAUGUCCCAGCUCCGGCCACCCUCCCAGCAGCGGCAGGCCGAGCAGCCCAGCUUGCUGUCCUCCUUGGGCUCCGAGAUCAUGCCACCUCCUCUCGCUGAUCACAUCUCCUCCAUCCAUGGGAGCAGCAACUCCUCACGGCCACAGAGAGCUGCCCGCAACCCAAGAGCCUGGGACUCUGCAGCAGAGGACAGGAGGCAAAACCGGAGGUGGCCCUUGCCUUCCAGUGGGGAUUCUCAGUCCAGCUACAAUCGGGAGCCCUGGGACAGGCAGCAAGAGUAUCAUCCUCAGAGGCAGAGGACAGGUUGCUACAAUGGCAGGCCCCAGCACUCCAGACGGGAUGUGUCACCCCCACGCCAGGUGGAGAGGGCCAAGAGCAGCAGCAGCAGCUGCAGUUUCUACCCAGAGGAGGCCAAGGAACGCUCCAGCCACCACCAUGGCUGGAGACAGGAGCCCGCAGGGAGGCGAGAAUACCAGCACCACACUAGAAGGAGCAAUAACUCAGGUCAGCGGCGGCACAGCUACUCUCCCCCUUCUCGCCGGGGGUCAUGGAGCUCCUCAGAAGAGCCAGUCCAUCUCCCAGCGACAAACCGCAGGCGGCAGCACCGCUCUCGGGAAUGGCCAGAAGAUAAACCCCCCAGUUAUCGCUCAUUAGAAAUCACCCCAGGUCAGGACAAGAAGCACAAAGGCAGCGCAGGGCCACGCUCGGACAGAGGAAGUUCCUACAGUGCAAGAAGCAUAGUCAUUUAAUGCCAGUACUGGACUCUCUUAGCUUUUCUACUGUAUAGGUUGGGACAGCUGCUUUUGAUUGAACAGACAACCAGGAAAAAAACAGAGGAAGCAGCUUCCCCUUAGACUUACAACUCUGAAGAAUCUAUGUCUAGUGCCCAUGAAAGCAAUACAGAACCCAUUUUUUUUUCCUUACUGUGAUUUGGAAACUUAGGUUUGCAACAGGCUGUGGUCUGUUGAACACGUUCUAUUGGAAACAGCAGAUUUUUUCAGUAAAUGGUAUAUUCCUAAUCUUUAAAGAGAGAUAACCAGAUGUCUUUGUUAGGUGCCCUGGCACUGCAAGGCGCCCAGUCCAUAGAAUAUUACUCCUUUGCACACCAGUUACUGGAGAAGGAUUCCAGACAUCAGAGUUGUAAAGUCAUAGAACAGUAGAAUAAUUUAGGUUGGAAGAGACCUCUGGAGGUCAUCUGACCCUGUCCCCUGGGAGUUUGGUGGAGGGAGGCACAGCAUCUCCUUUCUAAAGCCCUCUGUUGUGCUUCAGAGUGUGUAAUGUUUCCUGCUUCUGCCUGGCUGCUCAGCAUAGUUGGGGCAGUUGCUUCCCUUUGUCCCCACUAAGCCUCUCUCCCAAACAGAAGGGUCACAAUGUUGGAAGGACGUUUGACUGCCUUAAUAAGGGCUCACUAGCACAUCUGCAAACUGCCAGCUUCUCUACCCAAUACUGACUGAAACAACCUACACUACUUCAAAGUUAGACCUUAGUGCCUUAAAAGUUACUUGUACUAGCCUUUAACCCAGACUAGAAUUUGUAAACUUAAAGGUCUAAAUUUCCCAAGGUUUGGCCACUCCUCCAGAGACUGAGAAAGGUAUGAUUACUGCCCCUCACACCACGGACCAGAAUUUCCUUCAACUCUAGGAAGCAUGGCUUUGGUGGAUAUAGCUUUCCUAAGCUGUGUACUCUUUUCCAUGCAUUUUAUAUUCUCCCUUUGCAUUCUGUGCCAUGCAUCAUGGGAUGGGAUAAAGGGCUCUGAAGAAAUCUUACAGUCACCAUUUUUACUGUUGUCCUUGAUUUUUAACCUGACGUGCAUAUGUAGCACAUCUGAUCUAUAUUGCAGGGUUUUCUCAUCUCUCACCUUGCAGCUAGAACACAUAAUUUCUCUAUGCUCUGAGACCCGUUGCAAAGAAGAACUUGCGUUUUAUCCUUGAUGUGAUUCAUCCACUGUUUUCAUUUAAAAUGUGCUGGGAAAAGAGAGGUUCUCUGGAUGCUGGCUGCUUCCAUGAGAAACUGGCUUGCCAAAGGCCCUUCUUGGAUUCUUGUUGUCAGGGAGCUUUCAGAGCAUCUUGUGAAUUAUUUUGUAACCUAGAGGCACUAGAGUCUGGCCAGUAUCAAUGACUCUAUUGCCCAGUUUAUUUCCCAGCCAGUGCCGCAUGGGACACUUGCUACUAUUUGUUCUUUAAUGUCCUAAUUACUGCUGUGUCUACGCUUUCCCUUGCAAGACUGACUUGGAGAGGCUUUCACUUUGCCCACCUCCCUUUUUUUUCUUUUCUUUGGACAACGAUGGGAAACAUCACACUUGGAGCAAAUGCUCCUAGUUGGAUAUCCGAUGCAGUCACUGGUUGACCGAAGGCUACCACAGAGUUCAUUUUCCUACAGUUUCUUGGCUGACAGUGCUGAUUUCCAAUUCCUGUGUAUGGAGAUGAAGCAGGAGGACCCACUAGCUUCUCUGAAUGACUUUGCUCCAGAAUUGGAGGCCUACUUUUGAAGACAGAAGAGCUGUUUGCUAGCAGUUGACAGCUAGCACAAAAAAAGAGCUAAAAGACUAACUCCAAAGUGUGAAUUCAGAAAGGAAGGCUGGAUUAAGCAUAGUUCUUGUCUGAAUUAGACCCAAACUGUGAAUAUUGUGAACUGACCCGUGAGUUACAUCUGAAACAUAGGGAAUUAAGUGUGUGUAGAACUUGCAGUAAGUGGGUAGAACUUGCAAAGCCAGUAUCACCCUUGAUUCUGGUUCUCAGCCAGUGGCUGUGAAUCAUUUUUAGUCUUAUUUAAUGACAUUCUGAGGAUUUCAUACACCUCAUCUUCUAUGAUAGGCUAGUAUUUUUAUUAGUUAAGAGGAGUUUAGGGUGACUGCAAUGACAGAAAAUAAAUACGGGGCUCCUUCUUCCAAACCUGGCAUCCUCUUUUGACUUUUGCAUUGCCCUGUGGCAACUUUUAGCAGAUACCCAGGGCCCUGGGUAGCAGAUUCUAUCCUUGGAAGCUGAAUUGCUGGCUUGGAAUCUGACUCCUUAUGCUUCCAAUAGGUCCAUACAUCAAUCAGGACAACUUCUUCCUGCCAUCUCAGCCCAAAUAUCCAGGCUUCAGGGAAGGGCUGCCCCUUUCUCCAUCAAGAGUAGAGACUGUUUGAAGCUACAGGUGAGAUCCCAAGAUGGUAGCACAGGAGAGAGUUCACUUUCCUUCACGUUCAAGUGUGUAUAAGCCAACAUGUGUCCAGCAAGUUUUCUCAAGAGCAAGAACCCCCUCACACAGCAAGAAAACCCAGAUGCCUCCAGCUGUUGAAGCUUGCUGCUGUGGUAUGAGCACACUAACUGCAGAGGUUACACUUUUUAAUCUAAAUCCUAUGAAGUAGCCCUCCAUCUUUACUUGUUCCUCUAGUCCCCAUAACUGAGCAAGGGCAACUAAUUGUAGAUUUUGUGAAUACAAUUUGUGCUGUGUGAAGCCUGAAGAGCUUUAUCUUUAUCAUACUUGUGCUCUUCUUCAGUCACUUUGUUCAUAUUUGUAGAAACAUUAAACAAAACUCUUCAGGGGAAAUUGAUUUUAUCUCAGUCUUAAUUCUAUAACUUUUUAAACUGUGACAGAAGUAGAUUAGGUUAUCCAGCAGGGAAGCAGAAAUGGCAGCAAGUUUACUGGUCCACAGACAACUGAGGUUCAUAAAACACUAGUUGGUGGACUGUGAAAUAAUGACAAAGGAAAUCUAUAUAUGUAUACUUUACAAGUGCAAGCAGACAGAAAAGUGAGAAUAGGCUCUGCUUUGAAUGCUUAUUUCUAUUUUUAAUUGACUAUAAAUGAAAGCCAUUGUGACAGCACUGCACAAUACUAUGUGGACUCUUUUUUCCAGUAUGAUUACAGAGUCUUUGAUUUUUUUUAAAAGGGAGCAUGGAGCAGCUCAAAUACUGCACACUGAAAGAAGUAACAGUAGGAAAUAGCCUAGCCUCAUUCUUUCUAUGUUGCAAUUUAUUCAUGCUUAAUUUUUCAGCCAUUCAAAAGAGCCGAUAUUCAUAUGUCAUUUGUGAUUAAAAAAAGAUUAAUAUAUUUCACAUAUGGGACUUAUUACCAUUCUAGACUUCUGUUCUUCCUGUCAUGCAGUUGAAGGAAUAUACCCCCAAUAAUGAAUUUUCUGUCUCGGAUAAAGUGCCUUGAUAACCACUGGAGUUACCCUAAUUUAAAAUAAUAAUGUAAUGAGUAAGUGACCAUGCCACAUGGGGCAGAUAAGGAUGUCUGUGCGGCUCCUGUCAGCUGCUUUCUACCUCAGACCAGAUUCAUAAGAGAGAUUAAAAUAUUCAUGUAAAUUUUCUUUGAUUAAGAAAGGACUUGCAAUAUCUGGCUUUCUUGCUUAUUUGCAGAGCACCCUGCCAUUCUGGAAUGCUGUUCCAGGAAUGGAGGGCAACAGCUGCUUCUUGUGCAAUCAUUGAUCUGGUCUUGGCAAGUGCCUGUUUGGCAGUACAAAGUGCUGAAAUGCCCAGUUGCUAUCUCUGGGAUUGUAUUCAUGAUAGCACAAGCUAAAAGUUAGGCUAACUUCGGAGGGGGGGAAGUUACCUUGUGUGAUAACAACCACAAUGCAAAGCUCUUCAGUGAUACAUAUUACUACAUAGGGUAGCUACAUCCCCUCUGUGUUACUACCUCCAGCAGCACAACAGCUUAAAACACCCACUUAAUAUGGUUAGAGCCUUCCAUCUGUUGGCUUGACAUGAGAGAGAUAAUACUUGAGGUUAUACUAAAUUAACCCCCCCCAAGUAAUGACUGCUUGUUGCUAUUUCUGCUAAGUUUAAUGCCUAUAAUGUGCCUUGUGCUGGUCUUCUGAAUAUUAUUACAGCUGUAAAAGCAGAUAGUAAAUGUGGAGAUUCCUUUUAAUGACUGUCAUUUAAAUAUAUAUUAAAAUGUAAGAGAACUUUCAA